AUGGCCCAAAUCUAUUCUCGCCCUUGCCUUCUCGGCCUCGCUCCCAAUUUUGUUUUCCUAUUUUUUUGAAUCCUUCCAUUUUUUAUGCUUUUCUCGCCGGCAGAGAGAUCAGAGAAAGCGAGGCGGCGAAGAAGGGUUGGAUCCGAUCCAACAACCCCUAAGGCGAGUAAGAAGUCUUUCAGUGUGGUUCGCUGUAGGCAGGAGAAGAGUAGAAGAUGUCGACGGAGGAGGAGAAGUUGUUGAAGGAGGCGAAGAAGCUUCCUUGGGAUGAGCGACUGUUUCACAAGAACUGGAAAGUCAGAAACGAGGCCAACAUUGACGUUGCUGCUGUCUGCGACUCCAUUACGGAUCCCAGGGAUCCCCGUCUUAGAGAGUUUGGUCCAUUGUUUAAGAAGACAUUGGCAGACUCGAAUGCACCGGUACAGGAGAAGGCUUUGGAUGCCUUAAUUGCAUUUUUGAAGGCUGCCGAUGCUGAUGCAGGAAGGCAUGCAAAGGAAGUCUGUGAUGCCAUUGUGGCUAAAUGCCUUACAGGGCGGCCCAAGACUGUGGAGAAAGCUCAAUUAGCUUUUUUAUUGUGGGUUGAGUUGGAGGCAGCAGAGGCUUUUUUGGAAGCUAUGGAGAAAGCAAUAAAAAAUAAAGUAUCAAAAGCAGUUGUGCCUGCUAUUGAUGUCAUGUUUCAAGCUCUCAGUGAGUUUGGUGCUAAAGUUGUUCCCCCAAAAAAGAUUCUAAAAAUGCUGCCCGAGCUAUUUGAUCACCAAGAUCAAAAUGUACGUGCAUCUUCUAAGGGCUUGACAGUUGAGUUAUGUCGUUGGAUUGGGAAAGAACCAGUGAAAUCUAUUCUUUUUGAGAAAAUGCGUGAUACUAUGAAAAAAGAACUAGAGGCAGAACUUGCUAAUGUUAUAGGAACGGCUAAGCCAACUCGUAAAAUAAGAUCCGAGCAAGAUAAGGAGCCUGAACAGGAAACUGUUACUGAAAUUACGGGCACGGGUGCUUCUGAUGAAUCAGUAGCUGACGUCCCUCAGGAAAUAGAUGAGUAUGAGCUUGUUGAUCCAGUUGAUAUUUUGACUCCGUUGGAAAAAUCUGGAUUUUGGGAUGGAGUGAAAGCCACAAAGUGGUCUGAAAGAAGGGAUGCCGUGGCAGAACUUACAAAGUUAGCCUCAACAAAAAGAAUUGCUCCUGGUGAUUUUGCUGAAAUUUGCAGGACCCUUAAGAAGCUUGCUACUGAUGUGAACCUAGCUGUUUCCGUAGAGGCCAUUCAAGCAAUUGGAAAUCUAGCUCGUGGUUUGAGAACUCAUUUUACUGGGAGUUCACGCAUCUUAUUGCCUGUCUUAUUGGAAAAGUUGAAGGAGAAGAAACCAACUUUGACAGACGCUCUUAGCCAGACUCUUCAAGCUAUGCACAAGGCUGGAUGUCUUACACUUCCUGAUGUAAUUGAAGAUGUUAAGGGGGCAGUGAAAAAUAAAGUUCCUCUUGUGCGUUCGUUAACUUUGAACUGGGUGACCUUUUGUAUAGAGACAAAUAAUAAAGCAGCCGUGCUCAAGUUACAUAAAGACUACGUUCCUAUUUGCAUGGAUUGUCUGAAUGAUGGUACACCAGAAGUCCGAGAUGCAUCUUUUUCUGCUUUAGCGGCUAUAGCGAAGAUGGUUGGCAUGCGACCAUUAGAAAGGUCAUUAGAAAAAUUAGAUGAAGUGAGGAAAAAGAAACUUUCGGAAAUGAUUGGUGAUGGUACAUCUCUCAUGAAUACGGGAUCAGCUCCAAUAUCGGCUUCAAGUUGUAAUGUGUCUGGUCCUGAGGGCACUGACAGCUCAUUUGUAAGGAGAUCUGCAGCAAGCAUGCUUAGUGGAAAGAGGCCAGUCCAGGCAAUGGUAGUGUCUAUUGCUAAAAAAGGUGGGACCACAAAAGCUGGAUUAGUAAAGAAGUCUGAUGGGGUUGCCCCAUCUAAAGUUUCAAUGUCAAUUGAGGCUGAAGAUGUUGAGCCAGGAGAGAUGUCUCUAGAAGAAAUUGAGCAAAGAUUGUGUUCCCUUAUAAAUGCUGAGACUAUCUCGCAAUUAAAAAGUAGUGUUUGGAAGGAGCGCCUAGAAGCAAUUGGUUUGCUGAAACAGGAGGUUGAAAACAUCGGAGAACUUGAUUCUACUGCUGAGUUGUUGAUUCGUCUAUUAUGUGCUGUUCCUGGUUGGGCUGAAAAAAAUGUGCAGGUCCAGCAACAGGUCAUUGAGGUGAUCACAUAUGUGGCUUCAACAGUGAAGCGUUUCCCAAAAAAAUGUGUGGUGCUUUGCCUACCAGGCAUAAGUGAAAGGGUGGCGGAUAUCAAAACUCGUGCCCAUGGAAUGAAAUGCCUUACUACUUUUUCUGAGGCUGUUGGUCCAGGGUUUAUUUUUGAUAGACUUUACAAAAUUUUAAAAGAGCACAAAAACCCUAAGGUUCUCAGCGAGGGUUUAUUGUGGAUGGUCUCAGCAUUGGAAGAUUUUGGUAUUUCCCAUAUAAAGUUGAAGGAUCUAAUUGAUUUCUGCAAAGAGACUGGGUUGCAAUCUAGUGCAGCUGCAACAAGAAACUCUACUAUCAAGCUUAUAGGCGUGCUGCAUAGAUUUGUUGGUCCAGAUAUUAAAGGAUUUUUAUCUGAUGUCAAACCCGCACUUCUAAGUACCCUUGAGGCAGAGUGUGAAAAGAACCCAUAUGAGGGCGCUGCUGCAGCACCAAAGAAAGUAAUUAAAAUUUCGGAUUCUAUAUCAUCAAUGCCCGUUGGAUUUGAUGGCUUGCCACGAGAAGACAUUAGCGCGAAGAUAACACCUAAUCUUCUUAAAAAUCUCAGUAGCUCUGACUGGAAGGUUCGUCUGGAAUCUAUUGAUUCAAUCAACAAAAUACUUGAAGAAGCCCAUAAACGCAUUCAACCUGCCGGAACUGCGGAGUUAUUUGCAGCUCUAAGAGGUCGUCUAUAUGAUAGUAACAAAAAUCUGGUUAUGGCAACAUUAACCACUAUAGGUGGUAUUGCAUCUGCUAUGGGUCUUGCAGUUGAGAAGUCCAGCAAGGGCAUUCUGUCAGAUGUAUUAAAAUGUCUCGGUGACAACAAAAAGCACAUGAGGGAGUGCACUUUGAAUGCUUUAGAUUCAUGGAUUGGAGCUGUUCAACUGGAUAAAAUGGUUCCAUACAUAAUCACUGCCCUGGCUGAUCCAAAGAUGGGUGCUGAUGGGCGUAAAGAUUUAUUUGAUUGGUUGUCUAGGCAUCUUUCAAGUACCAGUGACUCGCCUGAUGCUUUGCACCUACUCAAACCAGCUGCCUCUGCCAUGAUGGAUAAAUCAGCGGAUGUUAGAAAAGCUGCGGAAGCUACUCUUUGUGAUGUCGUGAGAGUUUGCGGCCAAGAUGCAGUGUCAAAGAAUUUAAAAGACUUGCGUGGACCUGCUUUAGCUCUUGUGCUUGAACGGUUGAAACUUCCUGGCAUGAUCCAAGAAGCUGGGGAUUCUGCCAAAAUUGUUCCCACUGCUCUAACAACCAAGAUUAGUUCAAAGAUUGCAAAGCCAGGUCCAAAUGGUCCUGCUGAUCGAGGAUCUAAGAAUGCAAAUAAGACCGUACCUAUGAGGGGUGUUCCUACAAGGACCUCAAAGACGGAUUAUAUUUUUUCUGCUCAAGAUCUAGCAUUGCAAUCACAAGCUCUUUUGAAUGUCAAGGACUCAAGCAAGGAGGAUAGAGAAAGAAUGGUCAUACGUAGAUUUAAAUUUGAGGACCCUAGACCUGAGCAGAUUCAAGAACUCGAGUGUGACAUUAUGAAACAUUUUAGAGAAGACCUUCAUAGACGACUUCUUAGCACUGACUUCAAGAAGCAAGUGGAAGGGCUUGAUUUGUUGCAAAAGGCCCUACCAUCAUGUGUAAAAGAGAUAAUUGAACUUGUUGAUAUACUUUUAAGAUGGUUUGUUUUACGGUUUUGCGAGUCUAACACAACGUGCUUAUUGAAGGUUCUGGAAUUUCUUCCUGAGCUUGUUGAAACUAUGAAGGAUGAGGGCUACAGUCUAACUGAGGCUGAAGCUGCAAUGUUCCUCCCAUGUCUUUUAGAGAAGUCUGGGCAUAACAUUGAGAAGGUGAGAGAGAAAAUGAGGGAACUUUUGAAGCAGAUUGUUUGUGUUUAUUCUGCACCGAAGUUUCUUCCAUACAUUCUUCAAGGGCUGUCAUCAAAAAAUAGCCGGACAAAAAUAGAAUGUGUAGAUCUUGUUGGUUGGUUGAUGGAUCAUAAUGGAGUUGAGAUAAGUGGACAGUUGAAAUCUUUGCAACACGUUGCUGCUUUAACAUCAGAAAGAGAUGGUGAAAUCAGGAAAGCAGCUCUAAAUACAAUGGCUACGGCCUAUAAGACUCUUGGAGAUGAUGUGUGGAAAUAUGUUGGGAAGCUAUCAGACGCUCAAAGGAGCAUGCUAGAUGAUCGAUUUAAGUGGAAGGCUAGAGAGAUGGAAAAGCGAAAGGAAGGAAAGCCUGGUGAAGGUAGAGGAGCAUUAAGACGGUCUGUCAGAGAAAAUGGAUUAGAUGUUGCUGAACAGAGUGGGGAGAUUCCUUUUUAUUCCGCUGCAGCUCCUCUGGUGACAAGUCUGUUUGCUAGUAGGGAGAAUAUUGCUUAUGCUGACUCGCAUAUGGAAAGGCACAUGAUACCUCGGCAAUUGGCUUCAGUUAUUCAACCUGACUGGCGUGAAGCUUUAGAUCUCAUUUUGUUGGGCUCUCCUGAACAGUCAGUUGAAGGCAUGAAAGUUGUGUGCCAUGAAUUGACUCAAGCUGCAAAUGAUCCUGAUAGUAAUUUAAAUGAAGAUCUUGUUAAGGAGAUUGAUAGAUUAGUUUCCUGCUUAGCCACCAUGGUCCCCAGGACUUUUAACUUCAGCUUUUCUGGAGCUUCUUCAAGAUCAUGUAAAUAUGUUUUAAAUACGCUGAUGCAGACUUUCCAGAUCAAACGGCUUGCUCAUGCUGCAAAGGAAAGCACCCUAGACAACCUAAUCACUGAGCUACUUCUUUGGCUUCUAGAUGAAAGAGUUCCUUUGAUGGAUGAAGGCAGUCAGUUGCUUAAAGCACUCAAUGUCCUAAUGCUAAAGAUUUUGGACAAUGCUGAGCGUACAUCAUCGUUUGUCGUGUUGAUAAGGUUGUUGAGACCUUUAGAUCCUUCCAGGUGGCCGUCUCCUGCAUCAACUGAAACCCUUGCCAAUAGAAAUCAAAAGUUUUCCGAUCUAGUUGUUAAGUGUCUUAUCAAAUUAACUAAGGUACUCCAGAGCACGAUAUUUGAUGUUGAUCUUGACCGAGUUCUUCAUAUUAUUCACGUGUAUUUGCAAGAGCUUGGGAUGGAGGAGAUACGAAAGAGGGCUGGAGCUGAUGAUAAACCACUACGAAUGGUUAAAACUGUUCUGCAUGAACUUGUAAAACUCCGUGGAACAGCUAUCAAGGGUCACCUUUCGAUGGUACCCAUAGACUCAGAGCCUCAGCCUAUUAUUCUUGCUUAUAUUGACCUGAAUCUACAGACUCUUGCAGCUGCUAGAAUGCUGACACCAACAGGCCCCAUAGGGCAAACUCAUUGGGGUGACGCUGUUUCAAACAACACUACAGCCACAACACAUUCUACUGAUGCUCAAUUGAAGCAAGAGCUGGCUGCUGUAUUUAAGAAGAUCGGGGACAAACAAACAUGCACCAUUGGCCUUUAUGAACUAUAUCGAAUAACUCAGUUGUACCCUAAGGUUGAUAUAUUUGCUCAGCUCCAGAAUGCAAGUGAGGCUUUUCGAACAUACAUCAGAGAUGGAUUGGCCCAGAUGGAAAAGAAUGCAGCAGCUGGCAGAAUGCCAUCAAGCCUCCCAAUCUCAACUCCACCUCCAUUAUCCAUGAAUGCUUCUUCUCCAAAAUUUGGUGCCGUUUCUCCUGUUCACACCAAAUCAAUCGGUGUAAAACCUGAUAACAACUCCGGCUUGCCAGUGUCAUAUAGUGAGGAUGAUGUUGCUGCUGCAGGAACCACGUUCAAAAGCAAUAGCAAUUUUGGAGAGGAUCGAAUUGAUAGAUUUUCAUCAGCUCCGGCAAUAACGACAGGUACAUUGGAUGCCAUUAGAGAAAGAAUGAAGAGCAUUCAAGCAGCCGCUGCCGCCAGUAAUGCGGAAAUUGGUGUCCGUCCAUUGAUAGCAGUGAAUGGCAACUUGCAGAAUGGAGCUGAAGAAGCAGAUGGAGAACCAGAACCUCUGGCACAGACCACUGUGCUUCCCAUGGAUGAGAAAGCAUUAUCUGGACUUCAGGCUCGGAUGGAAAGACUAAAGAAUGGUGCAUUGGAACCUCUUUAAUGCAUUGAUUUUUAUUUUUAUUUUUUUUCUUGAAAAUUUUUAUGGGGCUUAUAUUCUUGUAUAGCAAACAAACUUGAGGCUUGAUGGAAUCUUUGAUUCACUAAUAUUUUGCGGUUUUUUAGGGUUUAGUGCUACAUAUUCAUGAUCACUUACAGUAUUUUCUUGUCAUGAACAUGUUCUUAUUCUUGAGUAUAUAGGUUCUCUGUAUUUUUUUCUC